CACGGAAAGGACAACACCACAAUUCCAGCCUCUCUGAACACUUGCUGUUCACGUGUGCUUUUCUGCUCCAUCACACAAGGAGACCUACAAAUGGAGAAGAUGAUCUGCAGGAUCCUGCUGCUCAUCAUCCUGACAUCACAUGUCUGUGCAGCAACAUUUGUAGUGAAUGUGACACAGAGCUCCUAUCAGACAGAGGAGAACCACAACAUCACCCUGGAGUGGACCUUCACCCCCAAACCUGAACACUCCUCCAGACCUCCUGACAUCUACUGUGAACUCAGAACUUAUCUCAGACCCUUAGUCCUGUUUCUUGUGGUGAACGGAGUUGAAAUGACCUUUUAUCACGAUGAACAGUUUUCAGGACGAGUCCAGAGCGACAGAGAUGCUCUGAGAGAGGGACGACUAAGACUCCACAUGUCCAGACUCAGGACUGAGGACUCAGGACAGUACUGGUGUAGACUGGACACAGAGUCUGGAUGGGGGUCUGCCAGCUGUGAAGUCCUCGUCUCUGCAGCUGCUGAUCUUCCACCUCAGACACCAGCGAUGGUCCCAGAACAAGAACCUCAGGAGACGAAAAGAUCCUACGAUGGAGCACGAGUGGGACGAAUAAUUGCAGCAGGAGUUGGAGUUGUUGCAGCAGCUGCUCUUCUGAUUAUUUUUGUUACAGUUUUAGUGAAGAAAAGGAGAAACCCUCAAGGAAUCAUACACCUCUGAUGAAUCACAACGUGAUGAUUUGAGUCACAAAACUGAGCGACUGCAGGACUCCUCCUUCAUCUGAUUGGAGGACAAGAAAACUAACUGUCAUUGUCCUGAAUUUGGGGGAGGAACCAAAUUCAGGAGAUCCAGAGCUAAAUAAUUAUUUGAUCAAUAACUACAACUGAUAAUUUGUAGAGUUAUUGAUCAAAUAAAACCUGCAGGUCUGUGACAGAUGUUACCUGCACAUCUGGACAAACCUCUGAUCUCCUCAGCUCUGACUUCACUAAAGUAUUUAGUGACAUUAUUAUCAUCCGUAUUAGUGAUGCCACAACAACGGAUUCAAAAUCACCAACUCUGAUCCUAUAACAAUAAUAAUAAUAAUAAUAAUUAAAGCUGCAAGCAGCGAUGAACGGGCCCUCGCACUCACGGCCACCGCCCCCCAUAAGCAUAUCAGAAAUGACACCACCCACGACUUCCUAUGUUAAACCAUUCAAAAGUUAUAGCAGAAAAUAGGGACAACCAAUCAGAAGAAGGGGCGGGGCUAAUUUUCAUCAAUUAUGGUCAAGGACUCAAUACCUAGUCCCAUGACACCACCCACGACUCUUUAUGUCAAACCUUUCCAAAGUUAUGGCAGAGAAAAGUAUUCUAGGGGGCGCUGUUGAGCCAUUUUGCCACGCCCAUUAAU